UACAGAUGUCACGGCUGUGUGGCCGAGCCGCUCUUCUGUACUCAUUGCUGUCAGACAAUGCACAGCCAUAUGCCAUUCCAUCGGAUCAGUCAAUGGACCAGGGGAUUCUUUGAGGAUACUUCCUUGACCAAGAUUGGCCUGGAAAUACACCUCGGUCAUGCUGGCCAGCCCUGCUACAGUCUCACAGACAAGUGGUGUGACACAGAUGAUGAAGGAGACCAUUUGACUGAUGGCCCUUGGAUACCCUUGGUCAACGAUCCUCAGACAACCACGGUGGUGGACACAUCAGGGCUCCACUCCCUGAUGAUCAGAUUCUGUUGGUGCACCGAUGCACUAAGCCCUGACAUGCAACUAUUUGAAAUGGGCCUCUUCCCAGCUUUUUUCACUUUGCCGAAGACGGCAUUCACAUUUGCAGUGUUGGAUGACUUCCUGUUGGACAACCUGGAAUGUGGGACUUUUACUUCUGCCAUGAACUACUACAGUAAAUUGAGGAGAGUUACUUCCAGUGUGUUUCCUCAUCUGGUUCCAGACCAAUACAGGGAAUUGAUGAGGGUGGGUAGGCAGUGGAAGCAAUUGAAACAGCUCAAGUGGCAUGGGUUCAGCCAUGAGAUGAGAAAGCCAAAGGCAGGGGAGCUCGCACUCUUCUGUCCUGCAUGUCCACAGCCCAGGGUGAAUGUCAAUUUGUCAGACAGGAACGGGUCCGACCCUGCAUGGUUGUAUUCAAGAUCUUUGGUCAUGGAUGGCAAUUUCAAGGCCAAACAUUUGUAUCCGGCCAAUCCAACUGAUGAGGUGGCAUUGACCGAUGGCUUGGGCUUCAUGGUCAGUGAUGCCCAAUACAAAAUGCAUCUCGCCGAGGUGCAGGACAUGGUCCAGAGAUCAGAUUGCAACGACCACCGAGCGGUCAACCAGGCAAAUGCAUCGCGCCACAAGCUUGAGGCAACAGGGAUAGGCGGGUGUGCUUGCGCCAGACAUGGGUGUUUUGCUCCCCAUUCAAUGGUGGACUUUCAGAAGGGGGAAAGACAGAUGAACAUGGAUUAUGCGCUGUGCCAAGCUCUGGGGUACAACACCGAUGGGAUUGACCGUGCAUUGACAUUCUACAAUAUUAACUGUCAAUACCACAAGCAUCUCAACUGGCGGAUUGAGGAGUUGCCCUAUCUUGACCUUCCAUGGGGCAUAGAGAUUGUUCCAGGCAUCGAGCUCUGGCAUGUCCAUGGCCAUCAAGACAAAUGCUAUGUAUGGUACACAUCCAACUUCAUCACUGGUGCAGCCAGGAUUGACAGUGAAAUCAUGGAGACCCUUUGGGCGCCUUUGAACAUAAUAUCGCCGUCGGCGAGAGGGAUGUCCACCCCUCACCGAAAGGAGUGUUUGGACUUUCAAAUGAACGACUGUAAUUUUAUGAAGAUGAUACGCAUGAGCAAAUUCCUUUGCCAAAAAUUCAAGGAAGCUGUACAGGGAGUCCAAGACAGCCGAUAUGCAUUUGACCGGUUGACCGAGACUGCCAACGACGACACCCUUGCCAAAUGGGAAGCAGAGGCUGCUGCUGCUCAGGAUGACCGACUUCAUAAUCCCGGUGCCAUGGAUAUAUAUGAAGUUCAAUUGACCAAAGCACUGACAAGAAAACAGCAAGAGUUGCACCUGUUGAACCGCCAGGUGCAAUGGCCUGCCAGCAAGAUCCAUCGCGGUGCAGCAACAUGGCUGGCCUCUGGGAUCAUGCUCGAGGAGGCACAAGUAGCCCUCCUGAUUGACAUGAAGAAACUGGGAAAGCAGCCAACCAACACCCAGAAGCUGGCCAUUGCUCGGCAUCACCACAAAUGGCAAGACCAACUUGAUGAAUUUGUCAGGGUGGCAGGUACAUUCCUCAGCGAUCAAUUUGACAGCUAUGACCAGUUGGAUGGUAUGACUGUGAUGUUGGAUACUGCAGCAUUGGACUCUGUGGGUUCAUCGUCUAACGAUCCAGAUCAGUCAGAUGAAGAAGAAUUUGAUAUCCUGGUCGAGUUCAAUCCCAAGACUGUGGUGAUUCCAUUGCCAUCCAACAUCGGCAUCACAAGGUGUGCCGAGUGGGGCAUUGCUGACCUGGUGUUGCAAGAAAUAUCCUUAAGACAAGGCCAAGCAAAUGAUGCAUUGCAUGCCAUCAGGGUCAACUUGGCCGACAAGGCCGUGCUCUUUCACACCACGGUUCGGUUGGCAAAGUCACAAGCUUGGUCGACCAGGGCAUGGGCUCAUGUACACUCAGUCAACAAGGUUCUUCACUUGAAUACUCAGAUCUACUCAAAAUGCCACAAGCAGCUUGGGUCUGAGGGUCCCUGUAACAAAUAUCGGCCGUUGGAGAAGGCCGACUUAAAGGCUACUAUGGUGGUGGCAGACCUGAAUGCGCGUGGUCAAAGAAAUAGCACGCUGGCAUUGUUUUGGUCCAUUGAUGUCCAAGGGGAUUCCACAAGCAAUGACUGGAUGAAUGAAUUUUACCAUGUCCAUUGGCUUCGGACGCUGGCACUGUGUGACCGUUGGGCAGAGGAACUGCUGCUGGUCAGUUGGGAAAUGAUUUGGAUGGUUGAGUUCUUUAUUCACAAAUCCCAACAAUGGGUUGGUUGUUUGCAGGAGGCCAAUGCAAAUGACAUGGUCAGGCACCGCUGCUAUGCAGUGCACCAGGCUUGGAUGUAUCUCCGACUUUCACAGCAUGCACAAGACAGUUUCGAAAGAACAAAAGGGGUGGGAGUGGUGGUGGAGUGA